AUGGAGAAAGAGGGAGGGCUACCCGAAGCCAGAGUUAUUAAUCAGCCCUUGCCUUUGGAGGAGAAGAUGGUAGAAGCUUCGCGAAGAAGCGCCCUGACCGUUACGGAUCUUAAGAAGACUGUUCAAACAGAAUCCUAUGAGGGACCCACCAGGGGUGCUUUGGAGGAAGUGGGAGCGAAGAAGCAUCCUGAGACGGCUGAAAAGAAGAAGAAAAGAAAAAACAAGGCGAAGCGGGUAGAAGGAGAUGAAGAGGCCCAGCCAAAGAAGGAGAAGAAGGAAAAGAAGCCGAGUGAGAAGAGGCAGCGCAGGCGAGAAGAGAAGCACCUAAAGAAGGAAGAAAAGAGGAAUAGGGCUAAAAUCCUGGAUGUCAAUGGAGAAUCCACCACCGUAAGGGUGGAAGAGGGGGUGUCACCGCAAGUAAAAGAAUCAGUGCAAUCUCAAGAGUCAUCAACGCAUAUCAGGAUGGUUGCAACUGAAGACAGAGAAGACCCGGACAUUACCUCUCUAAUGCGGCAUCGCAAGGAGAAUACGCCGCAAAGGUCAACAAGUGACCCACAAUUUUUACAAUGCAUAGCAGAAGAGAAUGAAAGGAGAAGAAGAGAAGAAGAGGAAAAGCAAGAAAAGAUGUUACGUGCACACAAAUCUUGGCAUCUGGCGAUUUGGAAAGAAAACUCCACGAUGAGAAGGUGCGUUGUAACAAUGCAAUUUCAGUAG